UCACUACAGCAUAUUUAUCAAAUAUGAAACAGAAGUUGUUGAAUAAAUCAUCUAAAUGUCUGGUAUCUUGUCUACAGAGGAAGAACAGGAAGCACUCAAGAGGACAGCGAGUCAGAAAGUGAUUCUGAAGAAGAGAUGGAAAAAGAAGAAAAGUAAAAAGAAAAAAUCGAAGAAGAUGGCGAAGAAGAAUCACAAGGAGUCCAGUAGCUCUAGCAGUGAACAUUCAGAGGAAGAAGAAGAGGAUGUCGAUGAAAUCUCAUGGGUGGAGAAAACUGGUGUUGGAGAACAUGUUGUUGGACCUGAAGCUCGUCUCGCUCACCUGUCCCAAGCUGACAAACCUUUAGAGAGAAGGUGCAGCCAUGGAAGAGUUUGUCAAAGCAGGAAAACGUAUUCCAGGAAGAGGUGAAAUUGGUCUUGUGGUGGAGGACUAGUGAUGAGAUUGCAGAGUUUGAGAAAUGGGGCUAUGUCAUGAGUGGAAGCAGACAUCGGUGUAUGGAGGCUGUGCGUCUGAGAAAGGAAAACCAGAUCUACAGUGCUGAUGAGAAGAGGGCGCUUGCUUCCUUCCUUCAACCAAGAGGAAAGAAGAAAGAGGGAGAGCAAAAUCCUUUCCAGCUCCAG